AUGACUCGUGGAUGUGGAACAGGGCGUGGACCUGGUGGAGGGUACGCCCUUCCACAUGAGUACAGCACCGGGCUCCUUGGUUAUCAGAGGGGCAUCAUUCCUGACGUUAGAUUCGAUCGAUCAAAUGCUGAAGGUCAAGUUGUCGUCAUCGAUUCAUCCCUCAACAUCCCUCCGACAUCCACACCCACUCUCACCACAGCAGAUCGCCUUGUCAUGCCACUUACCCGACAGAAAUUACACUGUGCAGCCCAGACUUUCUGCAACGCCUUUGCCACUAAGAAAGAUAUCACAACCAUCCUGUCACUGUUUUCAACUACCCAAGAGAUUUCGGCCACAGAGCACGGAGAGCCGGCAUUGGCUCCAUUCCUUGGACGCAGGUUUGAAGGAGUGGAAGGAAUCAAGCAAUACUUCAAGAUGAUUGGCUCCCUUCUCACGUACGAGAGUGUCUCAUUCUCGGAGUAUGUGGUAGACCCGGAAACGAGAAAGGUCGCGCUGAAAGGAAGGGGAAAAUUCAAGUGGGUAGAGACAGGGGAGAGCUGGGACGAGAUAUUUUCAUAUGUUCUCGAUUUUGACGAAGACCUGAAGGUUGUACAAUAUCAAGUCUGGGCGGACACUGGUGCGGCAUACCUCGCGAGAACUGGGGAAUUGGAUGACGUUAGAAAGGGCUUUUGA